ACAUUUCUCCCAAAUAUUGUCAUUUAGUGCAUUUGUUUGCAGACAAUGACAACUUGUCAAAAUAACAAAAGAUAUGCAGUGUUGUCAGACUUCGAAUAAUGCAAAGAAAAUAAGUUCAAAUGUAUUUUUAAACAACACAACAACACUUCUUGUCCUGCCCUCCACCAGUCUUUCACAUUGAUGUUGGGUAACUUAAUGCCACUCCUGGCGCAAAAGUUCAAGCAGCUCGGCUUUGUUUUAUGGCAUGUGACCACCCAUCUCCCUCUUGAUCACAUUCCAGAGGUUUUCAAUGGGGUUCAGGUUUGGAGAUUGGGCUGGCCAUGACAGGGUCUUGAUCUGGUGGUCCUCCAUCCACACCGUGAUUGACCUGGCAGUGUGGCAUGGAGCAUUGUCCUGCUGGAAAAACCAAUCCACAGAGUUGGGAAACAUUGUCAGAGCAGAAGGAAGCAAGUUUUCUUCCAGGACAACCUUGUGCUUUGAUCUGGGUGCUGGCCACAGCUGAUGUGACUGUCCAACAGGUGACACUUGGAGGCACCAUCAAUCUAGAAUGUGAUAUCACGGUGAAAUACGACAUCAUAUGGUUUGUCCUGCGUCCCAAUACCACACUGUCGCAGGCCACCUUUACCUUUGUAAAACAGGAUAAGAAUCUAAGAUCCACGGCCCAAUUUGGCAGCCGCUUUGUGCCUGUAUAUAACAAAGCUGUGCCAACUGUUGACCUGACCAUAUUGAACCUAACAGACAGUGACCUGGGCCUGUAUUACUGUGGCAUGUGGAGAGAUAAUGUAUUUGAGAUUGGGAAUGGGACUCAGCUCACCUUUACAGAUCCGGGUUCUACUGUGGUUGGUGUAGAUCUACCAUGGCUCAUCACUCUGAUCUUCACCCCCAUAAUCUCAGUGUUUGGGUCCUUUCUCUGUAUCCGAUACAUGCUUUAAAGGCAGCUGAUAAACUGUCCGCCCAUCUGUCUGUCUGUUUUUCCACCCAGCUACCUUCUGUAUGAUUUUUGCUCUUUAAGCUUCAGUGGGAAAAAAACCCAUUUGAAUCUGAUUCAAAUCUGUGGUUGGCGGUAUGUGUUACUCUCCUUUACCCUAUGAUGUACUUUACCUGUCAACCAAAUGCACGUCCAUUGGCCAGGACCGUUGACCAGAAUCACUAGAUACUGUAUGCAUCAGUUUUCUUACUUUUAGCUGAUACACUCCUGCCAUCUAGUGGACAUAAAUAUAAUGGUGACUGAGGCUGGAGCUUCUUGUGACAUUCUGCAGGCCUACCACAUUUUGUUUCUCAUUGUAAGCGCAUAUCUCCUGUCAUAAAAAAACAGAACAAUUGUAAUUGUAAUAUAUCUCUUACAAAAAAAUGAGUAAUAAUGGGUUGACAUCAUCAAUUGAACUGCUUUGUAAAGUUGUAUGAUUGACCGGUAAUGAAAUUAGCUUUGUUUUUUUUAUGAAUGAUCACAUUUAAAGUGGACAUGAAAGCAACAUUUAAAAUGAGUAAUUGUCUUCAUUACAACAACUGAAGCAAUACACUUAUUCAAUGACACUUAUUCAAGUAUUCAAUGAUGGUUGUAUUGCUCAAUAAAAAACUGUUAAUAGCAAAAUAUGGUUAUAUUAUCUGACAGAAAUAGACUAAAUAUGUAGAAAUACUGCAUGUAUUUGUAAUUAAGAAUUAAAGGGAUAGUUCACCCAAAUUACAAAA